UUACUCGGAAAUCGGGAUACUGAUCUCAGAUCAGCCUUUUAAGCAUUAGCAGUUAUCAUUUUGAAACAUUUCAUAUUUACAUAACUGACUGCAGAUCAGCAGUUUGAGCUGCUCUUCCCUCAUUUUUGUUUCUAUGAAAGUUGAGAACACUUCCGGGUUCGCGUAGCGGCUACGUGAAGGUCCAAACACAAACAGACAUGAGCGCCUUGUCUCGGUACCUGUGCUGCCGGUUGUUCCAUGCUAAAGUUCUACAGACCCGAGCUGUCAGGUUAGCACACAGUCUUAUUCCGAGAGAACCUGGACCGGAACCCGCUCAGACACCGCCAGGAGCUCACCGUUACCGGGUGAGUGUGAGCCAGUGGCAGCCCUGCAGAGCAGCAUGGAGCCUGAAUCUCUGCAGUUCAAGGACUUUUGUCUCAAUUCCUCCAAAACCUUCAUCAGGCGACAAGUCCACGAGGUCUGGGCUCAUCACGUGGAAAUCUUUAGCGGUGACGUUUGCGAUCGGAGGUGUUCUGCUGGGAUGGAUGAAGCAUUUGAAGCACGAGAAGGAGCAGUUGAUGGAAAAGGAGCGGAACAAAUCGAUUGGGAAGCCAGCGCUGGGCGGUCCCUUCUCCCUCAUCGAUCACAACAAGAAGCCCACCAAGAGCGAGGACUUCUUCGGCCAGUGGGUCCUCAUCUACUUCGGCUUCACGCACUGCCCCGACAUCUGCCCAGACGAGAUCGAGAAGAUGAUCCAAGUGGUGGACGAGAUCGAUGGCAUCAAGUCUCUUCCUCAGCUGACGCCCAUCAUCAUCACCAUCGAUCCUGAGAGGGACACGCCGGAGGCCAUGGCCACUUACGUUCAAGAGUUUUCCCCGAAGCUGAUCGGUCUGACGGGGACGGCGGCUCAGAUCGAGGCCGUCUCCAGAGCCUACAGAGUCUACUACAGUCAGGGCCCGAAGGACGAGGACAAAGACUACAUCGUGGACCACACCGUCAUCAUGUACCUGGUGGGACCGGACGGAGAGUUCGUUGAUUAUUACGGACAGAACAAACAGAGCGCAGAGAUCAGCGCGUCCAUCACAGCGCACAUGAAGAAAUUUGGGAAGGAGAAGUGAGCAGCAGCUCCUUAAUUCUCCUUUUAUCAUCCCGGCUGCGUCCAGUCCUCCUUUUUUUUUUUUUUAGUAUUUAAGAAUCAAACGUGUGAAUGCUGUGAUGUCUGGUUAGACGGGAGUGAUUUCCUGUUCCUCGCUGCAGAACCAGCAGAAGCUGGAAACGGUCCAGGACGUUUAAAGACCAGAUGGAAACAAUAAAUGACUCCAGAGCUGA